AUGGGGAGGAUUGCGCUCCCCACGUAUACGCCUGUCUCUGUCGUAUACGCUCUUAACGAAUUUAUUUUGGAUGCGCUUGAUCUCGGCAACGAGGAAUUGGAGGGAUACCGAUUAGAUGCGAUAAAAAAUUCGCAGAGUAUUUUUUGGAUAACCUUGGGCAAAUCCGAGGAAGAACGAGAAAAGAGAUUCGACUUUCUGCUGAAACAAAAAACUGUUUAUUGCUUCAAAAUCAGGAUCUGCAUCGCAAAAGCACUGGAAGACGUCCGCUAUUACCGUUGCGCCAAGGGAAACUUGUGCCAUCAAAGAAAUACAAAACGACGCAGGCCGGCUUCGGUAGAGAAGACAAGGCACGCAUGACGAAAUCGGAAUGGAGGAGACA